CGUGCUGGUUUUGUCUCGCUGGCAACAAAGAUCUACUCACACAAACACAUACUGCCAACGCGCUGUCAAACAACACACGUCAAACGUCGGGAGAAAGUGGCGGAAAAAAGGGUUCUUAUCGGCCAGAAACCCGUGCGCCGCGAACACAGGGAGCUGCCAGCUGUUUUUUGUUGUGGUAAACGUCAUCAUUUCAAGGCCAACGUCGUGGCGGGCCCUUUCUUGGAAAAACAGCAGCAGCCAUUACGCGCACACAGCACAUCGGGGUGGAGGAAGGGGAGUUCGAGAUGUUGGCGAGACGUACGCUAAUUGUGGCGCCCCGAUACUACCUGCGGUUGAGUCUGGUGCGAUACAAUCACACCCGACGAGGCGCAUUAUAUAAUAAAUGCUACCAACUGCUCGGUGUGAAUGAAAACUCAGACCAAAAUACGGUCCGUCAGGCUUACCUGUCGCUCGUCAAACGUCUCCACCCGGACAGUGGCCAUCCCGAGGCAAGCGCCGAGCGAUUCCAGGAGGUCGAUACGGCAUUCCGGGUGUUACAGGAAAAGUUUGCCAAAGCACGUCGUGGUAUCGUGGAGGAUCUGCAGGAGCAGGUCAAGGUGUACGACAUCAAGCAUACGGCACCACAGCAUCGACAGUACCUGAGCUUCGACGGUAUCGGCUACGGGACGCCGGCUCAACGACAGAAGCAGUAUCAAGCCGUUCGUGCAUCGAGAGCACAAGAACGGGUGCUCGAGCACCGUCUCUCGAAGGCGCAAGCCUCCGAAACGGCCCUCAUGAAGAAGGGAGAUUACUUUAAGAAACACGAAAUUAAAACCAAGUACGGCUACGAUCGCGUCGUGGAGGAUCUCAUCCAGGAGGCCAUCUCGCGUGGCGAUUUCUCCAAUCUGUCCGGCUUUGGUAAACCGCUGCCCGACCAUCAAUCGCAAAACCCGUACGUCGACUUCACUACGCACAAGAUCAACAAAAUUCUGCUCGAUAAUGGAUUCACACCCGAGUGGAUCACGCUGCACAAGGACCUCCGAGAGGCGACGGCUGCUUUGCGGGAAGAGCUAACGCGUGAACGAGCAAAACUUGGUCCGGUUCCACUGAGCGUCCGAGAGGAGCAACAGUGGGAGAAGCUGCUCGAAGAGUACCGAACGGAUGAGACAAGGAUCAACAAAAUGAUCGACAAGUUCAACCUGAUCGUUCCGAUGCUCAACAAGCAGAUGGUGCGCCUCAAUCUGGAUCGGAUUGCGACGGAAAUCCUAGCAACCGGGCCAGUUGCCAGCUUGAAUACCUCUAGUCGAACGCCACCAACACCUGAUGGAAGCGCGGGAGUCAAGGGAUCCGCAAAGAACGCCAACUCCGGCCCAAAUAAGUCUAGUCUUCUUGGUUUUAUUGGUUCACUGUUUGGUUAG